CAGAAGACAUCAAUAACUCUCUUGCUUCUUUUUCUUUUAUAUUACACAUUUUUAAUGCUUAAGAGUUCUGUAAAGACUUUUUUUUAUCUGAAGCAACAAUGGAGGAGAAGAAACUGAACUUAGAUGCUCCGUUUCUAUCCGUGAGACGAAUUCCCACGAAACUAGAGAAUCCAAGCGACUCAGAGAACACCAAGAAGAAGACGACGACUAGGAGAAGAAAAGUCAAAGAUUCAUGUCUAGAAACUGCGCAUGGAACUAUAGUCCGGUUAUUACAAGAUGACAAGAGCUUCGAUAAUGUAAUGGAACCAUCUUUAGUUCCAUUUCUAUGGGAACAAACACCUGGAAAGCCAAAGGAUCAUCAUACACCGCUCCAAGAAUCAGACCUAAUCAAAGCUAUGGAGAUGGUUUCUUCAACCCCAAGCUUCUCUGUUAACUGUAGUACAAACGGAGUAAGUGAUGAGUUCGGGAACAAUGGAGGCAGGCCAAGCGGUGUAUCAAAAGAUGACGUCAUUCUUGAAUAUCGUGACCUCAUCAUGGAGAGAUUUUUACCAGCCGCUAAAGCGAUUGCUUUGAAACAGAAGAAAGGAUCUUCUACAGACCAAGAAGAAAAGAUAAUGAAGAAGAAGAAAAAGAAGCGGAUCAUUGCUCUACAGAGAGUCUCCAUGGCCAUAAAUCAAGAUUUAAACAAUGGUGAUUAUGAUCACAACCAUGUUGAUGAAGCAGAUUACUCAAGUGAUCUAAAGAAAGCUACGUUUGGGUUCUUGCCACAGUUAUGUUUCAAGAACUCACUGGAUGUUCUUAAUCCGGUUCUUUCUCGGGUCAAGACUUGUCAGAAUAUUGCGGUAAAACCUAGCAAGAUCACAAAACCUAAAUCUCAAGAUUCCGUUUAUAAAACCAAUUCAGAAUCAUCACCAAGAAUCUUGAGACCAAACAAGGUUAUAAAUAAGUCUGAAGAAAUCUAUCAAAUACCAAGAUUUUCAGGAAAACUAUCCACAACUUCGAGGUUGCAAAGGACAUCGAGUACUCAGAUUAAGAGACAAGAUACGAGGUUUCUUGCAGAGGGGGUAAAGAGAAUGAGGAACAGAAACAAAAACAGGCCAGAGAAUAACUCUGUUUCUCAACCUCCGUUGCCUAAAACUCCUUCAGAGUCCUGGCUUUGCCGGACACUUCCGAGAAGUUCUACAGUCAACACCGUCGUCCCAGGUCAACUAUCCGUCCUUCUAUCCGGUCAAGACACUGGUUCGAGGAGGAAGAUGGAUCAAAAGUCUAUCAAAUGGGAGACGAUUGUAAAAACAUCGUAUAAACACCAUCACAAUGUACGCUACUCAGAGGAGCUCACUGUUGUUCGUCCCUCUCGCCAACACAAACCAUAAACCGGAAUCUUCUUUUCCGAUAGACAGUUGUACAGCAUUGAAGAGUCUCCACAGAAUAUUAUAUUGUUGAAUCCCAGUCUCUACAUUUGAAUUACAGCCAUGCGAAGUGCUUCAGCUUCUGCUUCUAUGGCUGAGUUUAUAGAAUCAAUUCCAGCCCUUCCUUGAACAAGGAGAUUACACUCCCUAUUGGAUAGUGCCCAUCCAAAGCCUGCUUUUUGAUAUGAGGAUGUCCAUGAAGCAUCUACAAAACAAAGAUAAACUGUUAGUUUGAUAGAUUACAUCUGAACCAUCAUUCAAUAUUUAUCAUUUCCAGAGGAAAUGUCAUUAAUUCUCUAGGAGAUAUGGCUAUUCUCUGUUUGUUCUUUCUCAUUUAGCAAUGCAUCUUUCCAGA